CAACUGACAAACCAUCAUCAUUCGUCAUUGAAACUAUCGUGUUUCCAUUGUUUGCUCCGUUAUCGUUACUUGUCAAGUAGUCAUCUACACUUUGGGUCGUUACCCCAUUUGUUAUUCAAUUCAUAACCGUCUGGCCUUGGCUUGUACAAUGCUGCUGUUUUAGCAUCGUCUUGUACAAACAUUGGGUCAGCUUGUCAUUCAAAAAUGCCAUGACCUUUGGACGUGGUCCUCUUGUCCAUUUGGACAUUUGGACGUGGUCCUUGGGACAUGGUCCAUUUGGACAUGGUCCUCCCUCCGAUCCUCCAGUCCUUGGGACGUGGCCUUUGGACACCACGUCUUUCGGACAUGGUCCUUGGACACCGUGUCUUUGGACAUCAUCCUCGGACAUUUCCCAACCCCUUCUCCAUCCCACUCCCCCUCGACACAUACCUCGCGGUACGGCGUCUGUUUGGUCUCGGUCAUUAUCUGACCAAGUCCCCGGUGACGAAACCGGUACCAUACCAUGUUAUAUGCAAUAAUGCACAUGCCAUGGCAUGGUCAGACUCCCACAUCAAGUGGGGUCCAUUCCAAACCCAACUCACCAACCAUGUUACCAUGUUUGGCUUGCCGCGUCUGAGGAAACGAUACCCAAUUGUAUCAUUCCCAAGUGGACAUUGUCACUGUACCAAGUACAACAACGCCGUCCAUUCCAAACGCAACUCACCAACCAUGUGUUACCAUGUUUGGCUUGCCCGUUUGUGGAAACAAUACCCAAUUGUAUC